CUGGCACACGCAUGGUGAUAUGCCCCAAGACAGUCAUGUUAUUGACCGUUCUGGUCUUGAUCUCUACACUCUUCACCAUCUUCCUCCUCCUUUUACCCUCUCAGCGUGAUCCUUCAGAGAAAAUAUGUUCAGUUCAAGUCUUGGUUCUCGGCGAUAUCGGCCGAAGUCCUCGUAUGCAGUAUCAUGCACUGAGCAUCGCCAAACAUGGAGGUCAAGUCCAGCUCAUUGGAUAUCUUGAAUCAGAGCCUCUGCCUGAGUUGCUUGCCCAUCCUGGCGCUACAAUCAUACCACUGACCCCAUCGCCACGGGUUUUGCAAACAUCUAAUCGGACUCUCUUCCUUCUUUACGCCCCUCUCAAGGUACUCUUGCAACUAUGGUUUCUCUGGAGAGCCUUGGGCUAUACCUCGAAGCCGGCCAAGUGGCUGCUGGUGCAGAACCCGCCUUCCAUACCAACUCUCCUCAUCGCAAGCUUGAUCUCCAUUGCACGCGGUACCCGCUUGAUCAUCGACUGGCAUAAUUUUGGAUACUCCAUCCUUGCUCUCAAGCUCGGUGCCCGUCAUCCCCUUGUCUCUCUCUCCAAAACAUACGAGACGUUCUUCGCCAAAGCCGCCACUGCCAACUUUGCCGUCACCGACGCCAUGGCCAAAAUUAUCAAAGCUGACUUCGUCACUCAGUCUCCUGUCCUCACUUUACAUGACAGACCAGCAGAGAUCUAUCGUCCACUUACACAAGCACAACGUGCUGCUUUCCUUGAGAAUUACUCUCUUCUUGCCAGUCAUUUUAAAAGUAUCCUCGACAACAAGGCCCGUCUUCUGGUUUCGUCCACCUCCUGGACUGCCGACGAAGAUUUUGGCCUCUUCCUGGAUGCUCUCUCUGCUUACUCUGCAAGCUCCACUUCCCUUCGCACUCACCUGCCUGAAUUGGUCGUCGUCAUAACAGGAAAGGGUCCACAAAAGGAUUUUUACCUCGACAGAAUCCGUCACCUAAACGCUAGCAACGCCCUCAAAAGGGUCACCAUUUAUACCGACUGGCUCAGUUUUGACAACUAUGCAUUACUCCUGGGAUCUGCUGACCUCGGCAUCUCCCUCCACACCAGCAGCAGUGGGGUCGACCUGCCUAUGAAGGUUGUCGACAUGUUUGGCGCUGGCUUACCAGUCUUGGGCUGGAGCAAAUUUGCAGCUUGGCCAGAAUUGGUUCAAGAAGAUGUUAACGGACGAGGCUUUGAAAGUUCGGAUGAAAUGGCCGAACAUCUUCGUCAACUCUGCGACCCGAGUUCGACUCAACUAGCCCGAUUAAAACAAGGAGCCCAACUAGAGAGUCGGCGUCGGUGGUCCUCUGAGUGGGAUGCGGUUGCAGGCAAACUCUUGGGCUUCACUUAGUAAGCAAUGACCAGUUACACGAACGAUAUCAGCCUUGCCUCGUGCAGACAAAUCGUCCCGCCAGUUGUCAUUCAACACACAAACCUAGGACUCUUGUGUUAAAGCCCGGGUGGAAAGGGCCAGUGUCAUUCGCACUACUCCGUAGACAAUGGGCCCAGAUUAGAUGUCGACCCUGGAUAAAGUAUGCUUGUGGUUACGCCCAAGGCAGUAGAAAUUGGCUUAUGGUUCAACCCGAGCUAAGGAAUCCUGACCUCUUUUGCCACGAUGGUGAGGCCAACUUCAUGCGCUGGCCAAUCGGUCGGAAACCGAUGAACUGCACCACAUGGGUAUGGACACAUGCGAAGAUCACAAUUCUAGCGCCUGAUGGAGGCAAUCUGACCACCCGACCUACCCGUUGAUCCACGUAGGCCAAGAACAAUGAAAUCGGAGAAGCUCUGGCACGGGUGGAUGAUUUCUGAUCAGUAGAGACGCG